GGAACAUCCAGGGAUUCUAGGCCACAACGCCAGGCUCUUGACAAAUUGAAAGUUGAAGCUAUCUACAUGGCUGCUUGAGUCGCAUGAGAAAAACAGUCGACUGGAAAGCACCAAAUACAUGCAGACAGCAGCUCAGCCCUACAGGAAAUUUCUGCCUUCAAAAUUUCACCAUCACAGCGGAUCCCAUGUUGAGAUAUAAUUUUCUUUGGUCUCCAAUAACUGAAAUCACAGUUACAGCAUGACAUCUAUGAAUUCAUCGUGUGUAGUGGUGAACUACUCUAGAAUCUCCUGUUCCUGUAACUGUACCGCUAACUUGACUGAAUGGGAUAAAGCCAUGAACCAGCUCUACACCUACUUUUACCUGAUCAUCUUCAUCCCAGGGUUACUGGGCAACACCUUGGCUCUUUGGGUGCUGUGUCGAUUCAUAAGCAAAAAGACUAAAGCCAUCAUCUUCAUGAUUAACCUGGCCAUUGCUGACCUGGCUCAUGUGUUAUCGUUGCCACUUCGAAUUCACUACUACAUCCGAGAAGAAUGGCCUUUUGGUAACGAGUUAUGUCUGCUGUGUUUCUACCUGAAGUACCUGAACAUGUACGCCAGCAUCGCCUUUCUGGUGUGCAUCAGCAUCCAGCGCUGUGCCUUUCUCAUGCGCCCGUUCUGUGCCAAGUGCUGGAAGCGGCGCUACGAUGUUCGCAUCAGCGUUGCAGUGUGGAUCAUGGUGGGCCUCUGCUGUUCACCUUUCAUUUUAAUGAGGAGCAAAUCAGCAAAUAAUAACAGUUGUUUCAAGGACUUGCCAAUGCGCAAGCUGGAUGUUCGCUUGGCCAUUUCUAUGAUGGCCGCCGCAGAGCUCUUGGGAUUUGUCAGCCCGCUAAUUAUCAUCAGCUUCUGUACUUACUUAAUAGUGAGCUCUUUGCAAAAGCAGUAUCUUGGUGACAAGCAGAAAGCCUUGCGCAUGAUCAGGGUGUGUACAGGUGUCUUCCUCUUCUGUUUUGCCCCCUACCACAUCAACUUCCUGCUGUACCUAAUGGUUUCCCAGUGCAUCAUCACAGACUGUGCACUGAGUCAGGCUGUCAGACAGUUUCACCCGGUUUCUCUCUGCAUGGCAAGUCUCAACUGUUGCCUUAACCCUCUCAUUUACUACUUCCUGACCACGGAGUUCAGACAGCAAUUGUCCCGGCAGGGCAGUUCUGUGCUCAGAGGACGUCUGAUGAGUUUGGAGAGCACAUCCUCCUAUAGGGAGUGAGCAAUCAGUGACCAUGCAUACUGAUCAUUCAUAUAACCAUUGCACCUGUGUAAAGAACCAAAGUUAUGACGACUUUUAUUGUCCAAGGAUUUCAUUAUCACUGGAAAAGAAAUUUUUGGCAUCGCAGAAUGUUCUAAGAGAAAACAUUUUUUUAUUCUGAAAACCUAAAAAUAAGUAUUAGACAAGUUCUGUAUAAGUUGUUACUAUUAGGCUGUCACAAUGUCUCCCUGAUAUUUAUUUACUAUGCUGGUCUAGGCUGCAUGCUGACCAGCAUAGCCAUGCUUUUCACCAUAGAACCAAGCUUUAAUGGCCUACAGGGAUAGUCUUUAGCAGUUCCCAAUCUUAAAACCAUUGCACUCCUAUAUGAUUGUUAUUAUUUUAAUAUUUGUUUUUCAAAAUAAAUAAAUAUGCUACUGAACAUAUUUCAAAAGUUAAAUUAUUAAUAUAAAUAUUAACAAAUGAAAUAAAAAACAAGGCAUAUAGCCUUCAAGUGUUUAAAAGAAAAGUUCACCCAAAGUUUUUAAUUCUGUCAUCAUUUACUCCCUUACCCUUACUGUAUGUUGUUACAAACCCAAAUUUUCACACACGUCACUGUGUGUGUGUGUGUGUGUGUGUGCUAUGUCUUGUGAGUAAAUGUCAGGACAUGUGAAUCGUCCUUAAAUGUAACACCUGCUGUAACUUGUUUUUAUGGUGGUGACAAAUAAAGAAAAAGUUUGUGUGAAAUAUUCCUUUUGGUAAACAUUGAAGUGUUCAAGUUUUUGAAGUACUGAAAUUAAUUAUCCAAGACCAGUUAACAUUCAGUAAUAAAAUGAAGAACAAUGAUACAACAGUGGCUUCCAGUUAAACUUUUCCAGUAACCUCAACUUUCAUCUAGACAUUGCAAAAGAAAAGAAAAAAUGUAAGUACUAAUAAUAUUGACAUAGUCUUGCUGCAUGAUAACUACAUAUAAUGCAUUUAAAACUGAUUUUAUGCUGUCAAAGUGAGUGCUUUUCUCUUUUUCUAGUCAAUGGUGUUGUUUGAUUAAUAUUAAUAUUAAUAUUAAUGCAGGGGUGCAACUACCCAUUUACGGGUGGUAUGCAAUAUCAACACUGAUGCUCCCUUGAACAUUUUGGUACUCAUAUGUUUAGUCUAUGUCACGUCCUAGCACGUGCGCAAGCUGUUUUUUGAGUUUGACGGCUGUAUUUGAAAUUGAGAAUUUUCUUUGACAUAGGAUAUACAGUAGCCUAAAAUACAUUGUUACUGAAGGUCAUAUUAAAACAUGCCACAUUAUCAUUUUAAAUCACCACAUAGACAUUGUUUUACUUUUUCACUGUAAAUAAAGCCUUGA